AUGCUCAUUGUUGCUUCCACAGCAGCCUCGGAAAUGGGCGUUUUGAGCCGUUCCAAGACACCUUUAGCUACGGACAAGCCUGCAGAUGCUAUCACCGGAGUGUUCACGACGACAGAGUUCUUGGAUGAUACCAAGAGACCAACAUUACCAAUGACUGACUCCAUGGAUGAUUCCACACCGAUUGGUGUAUCCCUCGAUCUUUCCGGCAAGGACAAGGUCUACAAACCCAUUCCAUCGGACGUCGAAUUGGAAGAAUCGCCAGGUCCACUACCUGGGUUUUGGGUACUUACACAUGAGGGCGUUCUUUGCGCUUGGUGGGUAGUCUAUAACGACUCUAUCAGACAGGGUACCUCGUAUCCUCACUUGGCGGCGGUUGAGGGCACAUUAGCGCCGACAGCAACUCCAGCAACCCAAGCCGGUCCUGCAGCUCCAGCAUCAACCUUUUCCAAUCCUACCCCCUCCGCGUUUGGCUCGGCUUCGCAGCUUGGACAGAAGUCAUCUCCAUGGGGUGGUGCUAACGCUG